UCCACGAUUGCAAAGCAAUCACACGAAAGAGUAUAGUCAUUUGAAGGUUUAAACAAUGCAUCACGGUACUAAAGUUCCUGAACAUCCAUCAGAAGGAUAUCCACAUCCACAUCCACCACCGCAGUACACGCCAAAUGUACCGCCCCAAUAUACAUCGAAUCCAAUCCCAUUGCACCCGUCCGUCAUUACACAACAGCCAGUUCAAGUUGUGCACAUACAAACAAUUCCAGCUGUUGGACCGCAGCCAACAAUGGUCGUUUGCAUGAACUGUCACAAAAAUGUGAUGACGCGACUGGAAUAUGAGGCAUCUACUCGAACGCAUAUUAUCGCACUAACCUGUUGCUUAUUUGGUUUGAUUCCAUGUGCAAUUUUACCGUAUUUCAUAGACUCGUGUCAGAAUGGAAACCACUACUGUCCAGGGUGCGGAGCAUAUAUAGGCACCUAUACCAGAUAAAAAAUCAAGCAAACAUGUACUUGUUUUUCUCGUGAUACGUGCACAUUCUACCAAAACAACGCAAUAAUUUACUCGUGACAAUCAUUUUGGUCUUGUUUAUUUGCUAAAAAAAAAGAAGAGAGAUAAAACAACAUGCAUUUUCCGAGACUGAUGUCGUACGAAAUUUAAAAAAAAAAAUUAAUUGAUACCAUUAGAGCGAGGCUUCUUGCAUGAGCUUUAUUGAAAUUAUCGAUAGAUUGUUGUUUUUUUAUUCUUGAAAGAAAGUUAGAAAUUUACACCGGUUGGCUGCAAGUCAAACGUGAGAUUUUAUUGAAUUCAUUGGCCGUGUAAUUGAGCUU